AUGAGAGGAGGAGGAGGAAGAAGAGUCGCUCUGUUUGUUUUCGCUCUCACUCUUCUCGCGUUGUGCGAGACGAGUCUCUGCGAUGAUAACAACAACCUUUACGACGAGAGAGGAGGGGGAACACAAGAAACAGACUCAAACGUCGUCGUCUCUUUUAACGACGAUGGGAGGAGGAGCGGUGGUGAAACAAAAAUCGCAUCCAAAGGGAAAGAUGUGCCUUGGAAUAAAGUAGAAGAACAGAGCCGAUUCUUUAUCAAGGGAUACCCAAAAUAUGCCAUUUGGAGAACGUUUGAUGCGAUUGAGGUAGCGUUGAAAGAUGCAGACGGGAGCGUGAAAGCGAAUCAGUGCGCGUUGAAGGUUGGGAAAGAGGAAGACGUUUUGGAAGAGGAAGAAGGGAAGAGGACGGCAAAGAAUUGGCAAUAUCGACGAUUAAAGAUGAAGAGAGAGGAGAAGAAGAAGAAAAAUGAGGCACACACGAGUGGUAAUAGUAACGGUAGUAAAAAUAGUCGCAGCAGUUCGUCAAAGGCAACGAAGAAGUCUCCAUCGACUUUAGUCGCAAACAUGAGUCCGUUCCAAGAGAAGAGCGCGGUGUACGUGUUGCAAUGCAACCCUUCUGGCGGAAAAUCUAAUGGGAAGGUGACGUAUGAAAUAACCGUUCGAGAGUACUUUGAUUCAAACCUGUUCUUGAGAUUUGUCGGUGGUAUUAGCUCGAUGACCUUAGCACCCGUCAUUGCCACAUCUCCGUGGUGCUUUUACAUAGCCGCGAUGUCUUUAUCGACAGCCAUGUUGCUCUGUUUAGUCCUUCUCCAAUUGACGAGACUGACGCCGUCGGGAAGAGCGACGAGAACGUUUUUCGGUAUCAGUUCAACGCUCGUGACGACGUUUGCGUAUCAUUUUGUGCCCGUGGAUAAGUGGAAGAUAGUAUUAGAGUACCUUUGGAGAGGGAUGUCUAAGCCGAUACGCGCCUCGUGGGGCGUCCUUCGCAACGCCGAUCCCGAUGAACCAAAGACGAUUUACAUAGCUCUGCUCGUCGUUGGAUUUUUCUUGGUAUCUUCCGGUUUAGGCGUCAUGUUCGUCAAGAAAUGGGUGGUAGACGACAGAAGCGGGGAAGUCGUGAAAGGUUGGAAACAGUUUACCAGCUUCUCCAUUUCAGUAUUUGGCGUGAUUAUGCUCAAGUUUUGCACUCGAGACGCGCAAACCGGGAACACGCUUGCACUCCUCGCCGGAAGUACAAUCGUAGCCGGUCCCGCCGCAGCGUUCGCAAAAGACGUGAAGAGAACUUUACGGCUUGCAUUUCACGCGUUUACUUUUCAUUUGUUCGAUAAGAAGAAAUCUUCCGACGAUAGAAAAUCGUUCGAGUACGACGAUGAAUUUUACAGCGACGAAGAGGAAGAAACUGAAUACGAACUUCGUCGCAGACUACCAGCCACGAUGGAUCCAGAGCCGCGCGUUGCGCCUUCACCGUUUACACCAAUGGAGAAAAACGCAGAUUCCGAAACACGGAAUAAGCGCUCGUCAUCACUUUCACCGUUCAGUUUAGUUAGGAAUUUGAAUCCGUUUAGUGGCGGAGACAAAAGCGAACCCGCCACGCCGCAACCGACGCCAGGUGGCGGAUCCUCCAGCGGUAAAAAGACGACAAAAAAUAGCAACAGUGGGGGUAAAAAGAAAUCGCCUCCCCCGUUCUCGACGACGACGAGUAGCUCCAACGGAAAGGAUAAAAAGCGAAUGCCUCCCGUUGGUCUCGCGAGUAACUCUCGGGGAAGAUUUUUAAGCGCCGAGGAAGCCGACGAGCUCGAAACGGAAUCCACGAACGCCGCUUUGGAAUCGUUAGCGCGUUCGCCGGAGUUUGCGCUUUGGUUGACCAAAAACGCGAGCAGAAUACGCGUGAUUAACGACGAGCGAGAAGAGUAG